CAUUUUUAUUUUUUGUUUUGUGUGUUUUUAUUUGAAUUUUUAAAGAUAUUAUUAAACCAAUAGACUGGUAAAUGUAUUAUGUAUUUUUGUUUUGAUAAUCUAGGUAGUAGUAUUUAGUAACGAAUAAAGUUAUUAUGUAGGUUAAUUAUUGAUUUUCGAUUUUUGUGAUAUUAAAAUUUAACAUUACCUAACAUUAGGUAGCAUAGACAAUUAUGUGUUUAUGACGUUAUAAACAUACAUAAUGGGAUUCUCAUAUGAGAAACGUCCAUUAAAAAGGCCUCGUCUUGGUCCGCCCGAUGUUUAUCCACAAGAACCCAAACAAAAAGAGGAUGAAUUAACAACGGUUAAUGUAAAACAUGGGUUCACUACAUCACUUACUAUAUCAGAUGAACAUCAACAUGGAACAGCUCGUAAUUAUAACAUCACAGCAUCCAAAAUUGGUGCAUUCUUCAAUGCAAUUAUUAAUAAAAAAGAAGAGCUUAAUACACUAGUAGAUACUGGACGUAAAAGGUUACAAAUAAAUCCAAAAGAUAAUUUUUGGCCUGCUACUGCCCGAUCGAAGACUACAGUUGAAGCUUGGUUUAAAGAUUUAGCUGGAUUUAAACCGUUAAAUAUACUUUCUAAAAAGGCCCCCAAUUUCAACAAGAAAGAAGAAAUAUUUAUGUUAUUAUGUGAAUAUAAUGUCCCAUUAAUUCGUGCUACAUGGUUUAUAAAAUUAAGUUCUGCAUAUACAAUCGCUGUGUCUGAAGCAAAAAUAAAAUCUAAACGUCAACUGCCAGAUCCUACACUUGAGUGGACGAGUACAUUACUAAAGUUUACUAAAGAACAACUAACUAAACUUCAAGAUUAUUAUCAAAAUGCAAAUAUGUCAAUGAGUUCAUCGCAUUAUUUGUCAAUGAGCGAAGAGCAAAAAAUUUCGCUUAAACAAUGGAAUUAUUGUACUAGUCUUAUUAAGUAUAUGUAUCAGGAAGGACUAUUAGAUCGUCAAGAGGUUCUUCAAUGGAUAUUAGAUAUGCUUGAACGUUAUAAAUCAUCAUCUAACAGUGAAGAUGGUUUAUUGAAAGUAUUAAGUCCUUUAGCUUUACAGUAUUGUUCAGAAUUUUGUCAAUCUGAACUUCUUAGUCGAAAAUUAGUUUAUUUUUGUUCUCGUAAAUUAAAUACAAUAUGCAACUCAGUAAUCGACUUGAAUCCACCACAGAGUCCUACUUCAAAAGGAGCUUCAAAUAAUAGUGUCCCGAGCAAUACUUCUAGUGCUACUAAUGCUGCGUCUACCUUGAAUGAUAUGAUGUCUUGUCCUCAUCAUAGAGAUAUUUUACUUCCUCUUAGCUGUAUAAUUCAAGUUAUUUUAUUAGAAUGUCCUACUUCUCUUAUAUGGAAUCAUUCAGGUGGUGGAAAACUUCCAUCUGUUCUAAAUGGAUCACCUCUAGAUUAUCUUCCUUGUUCACCAGUAGUCUUACCAAUGCCUCAGAGAACAAAUAAUAUUCCAUUAAGAAAACAACUUAAACAGGCAGAAGAAAUUGUUAAAAUAAGAAGCCAAGCAGCAGAAGGUAGAUGGUGUUUGGAUAAAUUUCAUAAGUCAUCAAUUGGAGCAAAAACAAUAAAAAUUUUAAAUGUUUUGGAUGCAUUGGACCGUCACAGUUUUGAACGAAUUGAUCAAAAUAAUUCUUUAGAUACACUAUAUAAUAAAAUUUUUUUACCACCAAAUUCCAAAGACAAUUCUAAUCCACUUCUUGGGAACAUUUCCAUGUCUACAGAAAAUGAGACUUUGAAAGAUAAUAGAUCUGAAUAUAAUGUUGAGCAAGAUCAAAUUGUUGUGAAGGUUUUAUGUGAAUGGGCUCUAAGUAGCUUAAGACGAGGAGAACAUCGUGGAAUGGCUGUGGCUAGAUUAUUAGACAAACGCCAAGCUGAAAUCACUGGUCGUGAAAGUGAUUCAUCUGUAGAGGUUGUACCUGGUGGUCCUAGUGAAGAUAAAGAUUCUAUUGUUUCAACCCCAGCAACUCUUCCACUUUUUCAACCACUUUUAAUGAAUUUUCUCGAUCAUGAUGCACCAGUACUUGAAAAUACAAGUACAAGUCGUACAACAUUUACAAAUUUAGUACAUGUAUUUACUGAACUUAUUCGAAAUGAUGUAUUUUCACAUGAUGCAUAUAUGUGUACAUUAAUAUCAAGAGGGGAUUUGCAAUCAACCAAUAAUAUUGGUAUGUGCCAACCAGGAAGUAAUAAACCAGCAGAUACUCCUUCAGGUGCAGGACCGUCUCAAGCACAAGUUCACAUGGAAGAUGAUAAUCUUUUUGAUUUAAAACCAAAUGUUCCAGAACAUCAUAAUCGACAUAUGGAUUAUGAUGAUAGUAAAAUAGAUGAUGAUCUCGAUAAAUUACUUCAGCAUAUCAAAGAGGAACAACAGAAUUCAAUGGAUGCACCUGAUUCUCCAAAAGUUGAACCAUUUGCUGGUUCAUCAAUUGGAGGAUUGGAAUCAAACGAUCCAUCAACAAACACAAAUGAUAAUAUGUAUAAAUGCCGACCAUCUCGACAUUUAUUAUAUGCAACACAUUUUCCUUUACCAUUAGAUGAAGAAACCACAAGCCAUGAUUGCAAUCAAAGGCAUGUAUUGUUAUAUGGUUUUGGUAAAAUGAGAGAUGAUGCAAGACACACCAUAAAGCGCAUUAGUAAAGAUAUUUGUAAAUUAUUUAGUAAGAAAUUCAGUAUUGAUAUAGCUGAAGGUGGAAAAGUUAAGAAACAUUCAAGAAAUGAAUUCAACUUUGAAGCAACUACAGCUCGGGUUCAAAAUUUAUCAUAUUUUGACCAACAUGUUGUGACUUGGCAAUGUAGUCUUAAUGUACUUGAAGCAAUAAAUGCAUUUGCGACUGGCAACUCAAAUUAUCUUCCAGUUCAAGAACAUGUAGCUUUCUUAUUUGAUCUUAUGGAGUUAGCAUUAAAUGUCAAUUCACUUCUUGAUGUCUGUAUCCAGAUAUUAAUGGAUAUACCAGAUGUUGAGGCACAAUUGGCUGCUAAAGGGUCAUCAUUAGUACGAAUUUAUACAACAUCCUUAGUUCUCUACAUUGUUGGAGUUUUGCGUAGAUAUCAUUGUUGCCUUUUAUUAAACCAAGAACAAGUAGUUGGUGCUUUUGAAAAUCUAUACCGUGUUGUUAAACAUGUAUCAAAUCCUGCAGAUUGUUCAAGUGUUGAACGUUGUGUUCUAUCUCAUUUGUAUGACUUAUACAUAUCUGCUGCUCCUCUUUUAAAAGGUCGUCUACCUGGAGCUGAACCAUUUAAUACUUUGUACACAAAAAUACGACAGACACUCCACGCAAAUCUUCAACCAUCUACUAUGACACAUGGAAAUUGGAACUCUAGUUACAUGAAUGAUUUAAUAAUGACUUAUAGAAGAGGAUGUAAAAUCGAUCCUGGUUGGCACAGACAACUAAAUGAAUCUCAAAGUAAUCGAUACAGUUUAGUAUGUAAUGUGGUAAUUGCUGUUGCAACAGAAACUUCAGAUAUUGAACGUUUAAAUGAUUUGGCUAUACUUAGUGCAGAAUUAACAGCAUCAUGUAGUUCAUUAGCAUCUGAAUGGCUUGGAGUAUUAAUGGCUUUGUGUUGUUCUUCUAAUAAUCCUAUUAUUUUUGGAGAAGUUUUAUCGCGUGUAGAUAUGAAUGAUAUCACUGUACACAAUUCUUUAGCACUAUUUACAUCAAUUCUUGUUGCACGCCAUUGUUUUUCAUUGGAAGACUUUGUGGUACACGUAGCUUUACCAUCCCUUUUAACAGUUAGUAAUGAAGGACAUGGAGCAGCAGAUACAGAUCCAGAGGCAGAAGCAUCAGCUAGACUUACAUGCCAUUUAUUGUUACGCCUCUUUAAAACUACUGAAGUGCCUCAACCCAGUCUUUAUUCAGUUGGUACAUCACCAAACCCUAUAUCAAACUCAAAUUCUAGCUGCAGCAUUAAACAAAGUUGUGAUAGACAUUUAUUAGCUGCAGCUCAUAAUAAUAUAAGGGUUGGACCUUUAUUAGCUGUAUUAAAAGCUAUUAUAGUAGUUGGUGAUGCUACAGCACAACGUCCCAAUCAAUCAAUAAAAAAAUCGCCAUCUAGCCAAGUUAGCACUCCUGGCGGUACCAGUAAAAUGCCUAGUGAAUUGUCAAUUAGCCAUAUUCUAGGCACAUCCGAUAUUCUUGGUGGUUCAGCUGAUCAUUUACUAAUGGAAUUGGGAGGCCUAGGAAAUGCUGACACUCAGGCUCCUGGCUUAUCUGACCUGGCACAAUUUGUAUUGAGAGAAAUAUGUAGUCAAGAAUGGGUGUUGGAACGUUGUCUUCAAAAUCCUGAAGAAUUAUGUCACCAAGAUAUGCUUUUGGACAGUAUGCUAUCUUCUAAACAAGCACAAAGACUUUUACAUAUGAUAUGUUAUCCUGAAACAGCAAGUGGAUCUGAUAUUUCUUUAGAUUCAAGGACAAUAAUUACUAACAUUUUAGAGAAUUCUGAUCAAUGGACUCUUAGAAUGUCUUGGUUAGAAAUGCAACUUAUGUUUAAGCAAUUUUCACCAAAUUCUCCAGAUUUAAAUCAAUGGCUGGAUAUAGUCGCUAAAGCAGCUAUAGAUAUGUUCCAACACAACCUAAAUACCCAAAACAAGAGUGAAAACAUCAAAAAAACUCAUUCAAUGUGGUUAUUAGCACCACUUAUUUCGAAGUUGCCUAGUGCAGUUCAAGGAAGAGUGUUGAAAGUAGCUGGUCAAGUAUUAGAGAGUGGAAAUAUGAUUGGACUAGGUGGUUCAAAUUCUGGUAAUGUUACUCCAAUUACUACCCAUGGUGUAAGUGGGGGUGGUAGUAGUAGUCGAAGUAGUAAUAAAGGCACUCCACCACACCCUCGACCUUCUCAAAACACUAAUUCUGUACCUUCGCCACCAGCCAUUUUGGCUUAUCAUCAGCCAUUUUUGUCAUUAGUUCUCAGUUGCCUUAAAGGACAAGAUGACCAACGAGAAAAUUUACUUUCAUCCGUACAUAAUCAAUUGUCUCAGUAUUUAGUAUUGUCAAAGGAGGUAAAACAAAUCAAUAAGUUUGAUAGACAUCUAGACAAAGUUUUUUUUAUGUAUUAUUAUGGUUAAUAGGAACGUCUUGGAAUUCAAGAAGGAUGUGCCAGCAAUAAAGAAGUUGAUGCUGCACAAGACUCACUUGCAUUAAGAUUCAGUUUAGUAGGAGGCAUGUUUGAUACAAUUCAGCGAAGUACUGCUUUGACAAUAGAUUGGGCAGUUCUUUUUGUGCAGCUUGUAACAUAUUCAGUGAUAGAUUUGACUAAUAACACAAAAUUAUUUAACACAGUAAUAGAUAUGUUGGCUACUUUAAUACAUUCAACUCUUGUAUCUGACUCUCAAACUGAAAAAGGAGAAGAAAAUCGAAAACACUAUCAAAAUUUGAUAAAAAAACUAAAAAAAGAAGUUGGAGAAAAACACUCCAUGUCCAUUUCACAAGUUAGACAGCUUUUGCCUUUGGGUAAACAGCAAUGUGAAAUCAUUACUUGUGAACAAAUUGGCACUGAUAUCAAAGGGAAUAAGAUUUCAACAGGGUUAGAUUCUAAUGACAAACAAGGUUUGAAAGUAUGUGACAAGCAGCGUGUAAGUGCUUGGGAUCUACUAGAAGGUCAUAAAAAUCCAGCUCCAUUGUCAUGGUCGUGGUUUAGUGCUGUGCGAGUUGAACGAAAACCGUUAUGGUAUGAAGAAAACCAUAGGAUGCUCAAGUUCCAUACACAUUCAUUAGUAAAGUCUGCAUCAUAUUUCUUAGAACCUUUGCCUUUACCUCCCGAGGAUUUAGAACCCCCCCAAGAAAAACCUUGUCCUUGUGUUUAUUGUAAUCAGAUCAAAGGAGUUGGUUCUGGGAUGAACAUGGGUUCAGGGCCAGGACGUCCAGAUACACCAUCCUCCGUACCUGAAUCACCGGGUAGAGGUGUUAAACGUAAUAUGAAAGCUCAAGGAGGACCACCUAAUCCUAGACGUAAGAAACAACAACAACCUCCACCUAUGUCACCUAUGACUCCUAAUGCUCAAAUGGGACCCGGUCCUCAAAUGCAUCCACAAAUGCAGAAUACACAGGGUCAGCAUAUGGGCUAUAGUGGAGGUAUGUUUCCGAUGCAACCAGGUCCAGGUCCGGUUCCUGGUGCUGGUCCAGUUCCAGUCCCAGGACCAGCUCCUGGGCCAUCUCCGGCUCAAAAUCCUCAGUGGAAUAGUUAUGGACAGCAAGCACCGCAAGGAGGUACUAACUUUUAUCCUCAACAAGUGCCGCCAACACCUGUCCCAGGUCCUGGAACAAGAUUUGAUCGUCCAGGAAAUACUUCUAAACAAGCAUUGAGUCAUAUGCUUCGUAUGCGCUUGCCUACUAACCAAUACAUGGGUCAAACAGGACAGCAACCAAAUAUGAAUCCAAAUUUCCAACCUAUGCCUAGACAGCAGUUUAUUAGAAGAGGACAAAAUAAUGUACCAAUUCCACCUCCCCAGCAAAAUACUCCACAAAUGUACCCAACACAGCAACCAACACAAAUGUAUUCCAAUAUGCAACAAAGCAUGAAUCAAAACUAUGGAGGUUAUGUAGGACAGCAACCUGGAAUGAGACCUCCGUACAUGCAAAAUCAAAACGUGCCAAUGAAUCCAAUGAGUGGCCCGCAGAAUCCAGCACCUCCAUACACUCGUCCAACUGGUCCGAAUCAACAAGCACCACAUUCUCAAUACCAUCAGCAAUUUAGUCAACAGCGUAUUCGACAUAUGAUGGCUAUGCAACAACAGCAGCAACAACAGCAGCAGCAGCAACAGCAACAACAACAGCAACAACAUCACAUGCAAAGACAGAUGCAAAAUCCCCAACAAACACAACAAGGACAUCCAUAUGGUUUACAGCCACCACCUUAUUAGUUUAUAUUGUAUGUGAACGAAUUUGUGAAUUUUAUUUAAACGAGCAUUGUAAUGUUUAUUUUAACUUAUCCAACUUGUUUUGAUAUUUAGUGUAGUGUUAUGAAUUACUUUUUGUAGAAAUUAAUAUUUAUAAUGUUUAUUUUACAUUUAAUUUUGUUCUCUACAUUUAUUUGCUGAUAAAAAGAAUACUAAACAUCUA